CAUGGUUAGGAAGGAAGGCGGACAAGAAAGAAAAGCUGACCUAUCCACCCACAUACCGGUAUUAUUCUUGUAGCACCUGAAGGUUCACUAUGGCUCCCUCCCUCCCUUAUGGAUUUUUUUUUUUAACCAGGAUUGUCUCGGAGUUAUUUGGUUGGAUGGAAAUAGGACCGCACCAUCACACUCCCAACCAAGCUGGUAGUGGUUGAAGAGUCGUGACGUAUAAAAUCACCCCCCCUCCCACUGCCAUACUUGGCCCUCCAGUCGUUUCUUCGAUCUCUACAAUCGUAACUCCUUGGUCCAAGGCAGUGCCAUUCGUUUUUUCCUCUUUCCCACCACCUUCUUUCUGUUUCGUUUUGGUCCCUCUUUAAAAGUGCCAGCCACUAUCACUCGCUCAGUCCACUCACUGUCAUACAGAUAUUUCGAAUUUUUUUAUAUUUUCCCAGAUUCAAUCAUUGUUCACUGAUACUCACUCGUCUUCAGAGACCGAUCCUUACUUAUAAAUCAUAAUGCGAGCCGGAAGCGUGUUCACUAUCUUUGGGCUCAUCGCCCUACAGGGUGUAGCUGCGACGGUAAGCUCUGUAACAUGGUGGCGAUGGAGAGUUGAAUUGAUAACUGAUAUAUUUAACAUUCAGGGCUGGCGUGAAGAAGACCCCUACUCUUGCCCAACAAAUAUUAAAAACGAUUGUACAAAGGACGAAAGUGACGGCUUCGAUUGGGGCGACUUGCCAGCGGGUUCAUUCAGCAAUUACAAAGGUUACAGCUUCAAGGGUUGGUCCUGCACAACAAAGAAGAGCAAACGCAGCCUUGAGGGUAGAACAUUUAACGUAAAGACUGCCCACUCCUAACAUGCAUAAAAGGUGCGAAGCUAACAAAUUCUACAGAGUAAAUGUAUUGAGGCCAAUGUUAAGAAGGACGACUUUAGCAAUGAGAUUAGCUGCGACAAGUCUUUCUCCAUCGGUGAGAUCGAUGUUUCGGUUGAUGAGGAUACCGAGGUUGAAUUUCACUACGGCAUGCCCGAUGGCUCCACCUGUAAAACGGUGAGCAAGUGCAACAAGGACGGUAACACUGUCAAGAACGGCCAGUGUGGUGGUGCAAAGACUGUGAAGGUCAAGCUCCCCAAGAACUCCAACAGGGAUUCCUGCAAUCUCGGUUUCCACAAGGUCAAGUUCGAAUGUAAUACCGCUACGACCAGCGUUCCCGUCCCUACUACCACCAUCCCAUCAUGCGGUGGGCCCAACUGCUGCGAUGGAAAGCCUUGCCCAACCACCACUUCGUCCGUCUGCACUCCCGGAAAUGGCAAGGACUGUCCUUGCAGUGGAAAGAAUUGCCCAAGCAGCACUACCUCUGCUCCGGCUACAUACACCACCAGUUCUUGCGUUCCUGGUAAGGAUAAGGACUGCCCUCCCUGCGAUGGAAAGAACUGCCCAAGCAGCACUACCUCUGCUCCAGCUACAUAUACCACCAGUGCUUGCGUUCCUGGCAAAGACAAGGACUGCCCUCCCUGCUAUGGAAAGAACUGCCCAAGCAGCACUACCUCUGCUCCAGCUACAUAUACCACCAGUGCUUGCGUUCCUGGCAAGGAUAAGGACUGCCCUCCCUGUGAUGGAAAGAACUGCCCGGGCACAACCACAUCCGCCCCCGGAGCUCCGUCAAGCUGCGUCCCCGGUAUGGGAGGAAAGGACUGCCCAUCCAGCACCAUCGCCGUUCCUCCUGGAUCGACCUCGGUUCCUUGCAUUGGAUAUAACUGCCCUGGCACUACCACAUCUUCUCCUAAGGAAUAUUCAAGCUGCGUCCCUGGAAUGGGUGGGAAGGACUGCCCAUAUAGCACUGUCGUCGUUCCUCCCGGCAAGAACAGCACUACUCCUUCAGGAUCUGCAUCUACCACUGCUCCGGGUGUGAGCUCCGGAUACGGAGUUCCUACUCCGGGGAGUUCCACGCUCAAGGGUUCCGUAGCAGUCUCUUCCCCACCGCCAGCCGCUACCACCUCUGCAGCCCCUCUCCCACCAACCGAGUGCCCACCAACUCUCCCCCGCUGCCUCAAGACUUGGUUAUUCAUUACCAACUGCGACGAUACCGCUAAUGCCGCCUGCUUCUGCCCGCAUGCAGAGUUCGUCGUCAAGAUCUCCGAGUGUGUUCAGUCAUGGGGCAAGGACGACGCCGAUGUCAGCAAGUCUCUCGAAUAUUUCUUGGGUAUCUGCCAGCCGUACAUCCCUCAGAACCCUGCCAUCGCCACUUGUCUGCCACCAACCAUCACACUCUCUCCCCCACCGCCCAACGUCCCCGUCACCACCAUUGUUCAGACCAUCGCCACCGUUGUCCCUUGCCCGGUUACUACUAUCACCACCGGAUCUUCCCCCGGAUCGGUUGUUUCCUCCUCCACUUCCACCAAGACUCUUACCGUCACAAUUCCCCUCGUUAAGCUUAUCGUCACGGCCACCGAUGCCACCUUGGUCUACCCGACUGCUCCUGCUACCGUGCCGACAACUCAACCCCCCGCUGGACCUGGCUCUACCACCAAUGUCACUGCUGGUCCCACCACGCUCGUCACUUCGCCUGUCCCCGUGAGCACAAUCGCUGGUGUACCCAAGAAUGGAACCGCCCCGACCAACAUCAUUGUCUCGCCGGGAGCUGCGUCGGGUCUUUUCCCGGCUACGUUCGCCGCGGCUCUUGGUGCUGUCUUGGUCAUUGCUUUCCAGUUUUAG